UCACGCGGGUUAGGAACUCGCAGAUUGCAAAAUGUUUUGCCGGCGCGGCUGAUAUCAUGUGUUUUGAGUCAUGAGUUAUGACUCAUGCCCACAUUUCACUGGCUGCUUCGCUAUAUAACGUGCUAGUCGGUCGCUAACCUCCACGGGAACACACGUCGAGUUUGUGCUCCCGUAAUUUUAUAAUUCAGUGCGAAAAUCGUAUAAAAACAAUUGAGUAAUUGUGCUGAGAACUUAUCCACGAAGUGUUUUCGAGUCUGCCCUUCGCUUGGCCGAAGAAGUGCAAGCAAAUACUUGAACUGUCCGAGCAGUGAACACGACAAUGGUGAAUUAUUACAUUUACGCGAAAGACUUUUCCGGUUCGACCGGUGGGAGUAAGUACUUUCACACCAUCGGGCUGCAAACUCUGGACCAAUUCAAAUCUCACGUCCGAACGCUUCAAAAGGAAACACCCGAAGAGACUGAAUCAAAAAUUAUUUAUUUACACUGGGGGGACAAAUGUUACGAAGUGAGUGAAGAAUCCACUAAAAGUAACUAUGAAAAUUUAAAUAGUGGAAACAUGGGAACAGAACCAGAAACAAUUAUUGAAUGGAUCAAGAAAAAUUGUGAUAUUUCUGAUGAAAAUGAUAAAAUAAAUUUGCUGUAUAUCAUAACAGAUGGUAUUAUUGAUCGAAGAAGUGGACACACAUGUUUUUUACUGAAUGAAAACAUGCAUUAUGAAACAGUCGUUUUCCAUGCUAUUAACGAAUACUUCGAAUGUGUGGAUCUUUCAGUAGCUGCCUCUUUCUUAAAAAGCCGUUGCAUUAUUUAUAGAAAUAACGAGCUAUUUGAUGAUGCAAAUAUUUCUAAAGUGUAUGAAUAUAGCAAAAUUAACGUUGAUAAUUUUGUUACCGAAAAAGACAGUUUGAAGUCUUAUAUAAGACUAAAAUAUAUUAAUAGAUUUAAACAUGAUGCUCUCGCUUUACAAGAAAUAGAAAGAUUAAAGAAAUUAAGAAAUCAAUUAUUCGAUGAACUAUCAAGAAAAUUACAAAAAUCCGACAUCAAUCUUAAUACUAAGGAUAAAAAGGCUUUUGUAAAAGAGUUUUUGAAAACAGACUGGUAUAAGAAUCUCAAUGGUUCGAUUCAUGAUAUGAAAGUUGAUAUUGAAAAAUGUAUUUCCACUUUGAUAAAUUAUAUCACAAGUGAUACAAAAUCCUACUCUUUCGACGCUUUGAAGUUUGAUACCAAAUUCAAUAAACCCAUCGAAGAAGAGCCUAUCGUGGAUGUUAAUUUUACAACAGAACAAGAGAUUGAGUUUCCGGAUGUUAUUCUUGACGAUGAAAAAGGAAUUCCUGUUAUAAUAUUGACAGAACUGAAUCUGCUAGACAAAAUAAUAUUUCAUAAAACAAAAGAUUCGUCUGAAGUAUCCCCAGCUAGUUUUAAUAAAUUUAAGACAGCGAUGGAGUGCCCGCUUUUCUUAUACGACGAUCAUGAUAUUAGUGAGUCAAUAGGCUACUUUUAUACUUUAAAUGUUUACAAACAGUUCUUAGAAAAUGGCAUCCGGUCGGAGCCGCGUACACGACGACCCUUCCAUGGAGGUCUAGUACUAUUAGACGGCGAUGAAUUUGACAAAUACAACGAUUAUAUUUUGUCCGCAACAUACUUUAAUUUCAAGAAAAUUAAAUACAACAUCGGGUUAUUUUAUUACGUGCUCUGGAAAAAUUGCGAAAACAAGAAGUGGAUGGAUACAAAUGUCAUUGAACAGUUUAAGAAAUACGUGAUGAGGCGCAUUAGUACGACAGAAUGUAAAAUUGGACUUUCCUCGUUACCGCUAGAUCCUCCAGAAACUACACCGUUACUAACUGCCUUAUGGUAUUGUGUUGAACUUUCAUCAGUAAUAUUUAAAGACAAUAUUUUACAUUUUACACACGAACGUUUAAGAAUGUUCUACGGUGUAGCUCAUUGUAUGAUUGAAAUUCUCCAGUAUUUCGAUUACAAUUUAGACUUAGAAUUUAUAGAAAGACGCAGAGAUAUAAUUAGGCACGUAAUGAUUUUGAAGAAGAUACCCAAGCAAUGUGAUAAAGUUUAUUAUUUGCUCGAGAGGAUAUUUAAAAAUGUUAAUGGUUUUCUAGUUAGUGAAAUUGAGAGGCCUUCUAAUAUAAAUAAACUAAAUUACCUCAAAUUAGAUCACAAGGGGAUGCUUUCUGAUGAUGUAAGUAAAGAAAAUGUUAACCUUAACGACUUUGUACAUUUGAUGCAUACUGUGAUUAAAAAUACCAAAGAGAGACCUAAAAUAUGUAACAAUACAUACCGCCCCUAUUUUACUUUAGAUAAACACAAAUCGUUUUAUACAGAAUUAUUUAAUGUUACUAGAAAGGCGGUUAUCCAUAAUGCUGAAAAUCAAGAAGAAAUCAAAAUUACCUUUGAACCUAUAGAUUCUUUAGAAUUCGAUAAAAUAUUAUCAUUGUACAAUCUAUUUAUUAAGUGUGUCAAUGAUUCCGAAAAAUAUCCUACUUUAGAAGAAUAUAUAGAGUAUAUCCAUAGAAAGAAGAAAUUUAAUGAUAAUUUAGUAACAAUUUUUCCAUCAGUUGUUUAUGACAGUGCUGUAAAAGUGUUUGAGCUGUACCAAAAUAUAAUAUCAACAGUAGAUGUCAAAACAUUUAUAAAAACAACUAGAGCUUCUGUAAGUAGGUUUGAACGAAUUAAGACUGAACAAGUAAUUAAAUUUAGUGAUGAUAACGAAAUUAAUGCAUUUAUUGACACAGAAGAAUUGAAAGUUAAUUUAAAAAAAGUUAAGUAAUUAAAUGUUUCAAUUUCAAUAG